CAAAGACGUUGUUGGGAGCUUUGAUAACACACUUGAAGGAAGGACAGACGGGGAGGACUAAAAAUGGCAAACAACAGUUUGGGAUUUGAAAAUAUCACAGAUCAACAGUCGAACAACUCAACGCUGACAGAUUUUUCAAGCAUUGAAAUCUUCAGUAUAUUCAUAUACUUUGUCGUCUUUGCUCUGGGUAUUGUUGGAAAUGGGCUUGUCAUAUAUGUGACUGGCUACAAAAUGAAGACGACUGUCAACUCCAUUUGGUUUCUCAGCUUGGCGAUUGCAGACUUCAUCUUCAUCUUAGUCAUCAUCCUCUACAUUGUUCAUGCCUUUAACAAGAAUGUUUGGCCCUUUGGUGACUUCAUGUGCAAGUUUGUAUCCUUCGUGACAGUGCUAAACAUGUUUGCCAGCAUUUUUUUGCUCACUGCUAUCAGUCUGGACCGAUGCCUGUCCACCUGGGUGAUUGUUUGGGCUCAAAACAAACGAACUCUGGUCAAAGCCAGAAUCAUCUGUACACUCAUGUGGGUUUUAUCCAUUGGCUGCAGCAUCCCAUUUGUCAUGUGCCGCUCAGGAGAGAACAAAAAAUGCGCCUAUGUUUGCCCUAUAAACAUCACAAAGUCUCUGUUCAUAUACAGGUUUAUAGUGGGCUUUCUCAUCCCCUUCCUGAUCAUUGCAUCUUCAUACAUUGCUAUCGGAGUGCGGGCCAAACGUCUCAAAAGAGGAAAGAAGCUUAAGCCUUUCCGGGUCAUUAUAUCUGUGAUCCUGGCCUUUUUCAUAUGCUGGUUUCCUUUACAUGUUCAACAACUGUCUUACAUAAUUGCUAAGGAAAAUGAGUGGCGUGACGCUGAAAAAGUAUUCAUUGAAAUAGGUCCAUUCGUUAACUGCCUGGUUCAUCUCAACAGCUGUCUGAACCCCAUUCUCUAUGUGUUCAUGUGUGAGGAGUUUAAAAAGAAGCUUAAACAGUCUCUGCUGCUGGUGCUGGAGACGGCUUUUGCUGAGGAUCAUCUGCCUUUCCGAACAUCUCGCUCUUCCACAUGUUCACAUCUCUCAGAAUCAAAAGGUCUCAACCAGACAAACGAAACAACCAUCUCGUCAUGCGGCAGCGGCCAGGACAGCAAUACAUGCUGUUAGAAAAUCAGUCUCAGAGAUAUUCAUUCCCCAUGUUAGACUGAAGAGAUCUGAUAAAGUGUAUUAGCAAGCUCUCCACAUCGCUGCCUUGAUGCCAUCUCAUCCCAGAGGUUCAAAACCAUAUUGCUUUAAAGACAAUCUGAAGGUUUAAAUGCUGCAAUUUAUGUGCCAUCAUUGUCAUCAAACUAAAAACAAUGACUUUUCAUUGUUGACUUUGACAUGCCCCCAUUUUCCAUUGGCUGGAAAAACUGAUAGCCACGCCCCAAACUCACGCCAUUGGUCAGGACAGUGUUGCUGCUUGGGUUGAAAAUUGUUUUGUGUUGUUUAUGCUUUUUGUGGAAAACCUACAAAUGAUUUAUUUUAUACUUGACUUUGCUUAUUAAAGUGGCUUUGUAGAAAUAUUUUCAAAAGAUAGCUUUCAGUUUUACAUAAUAUUUUCACUGACUUGUUUUACACAACCUUUUUA